AUGAUCGCGUCACAAGACAGUGACGCUGCUCUCAAGGGCGUAAACUUUGGUCUUCAUGAUCAGAGGCUCGCCCUGAUCUGGGUUAACCGCAACAUUGCCGCAUUUGGAGGGAAUGAGGCGAAAGUCACGAUUAUGGGCCAGUCCGCUGGCGCAGGAUCAUGUCACACUCAUCUCCUCGAGGCCGAAUUGGGCGUGAGCAAGCCGCUCUUCCGCAAGGCUGGUCUCAUAUCAGGCGCAUGGGGCAGUCUCGAUUCCAUUUCGCUCAAGAUGGCGGACAAGCGCUGGGCGGAGCUGUGCCGACUGCGUUCAGUCGAGGACGAAAGUCCCGUCGACCGACUUGACGCGUUGAAGAAAGUCCCUGUGACAGAUCUACUACAGAGUGUCUCGGACCUACACUGGUGGUUCUUCGCAAUGGUCGUCGACAAUUUAACAAUCCGAAGAAGCAGCUUGGGAUGUGACGUCUCUGUCCACCUUGGACAUGGCGAGGCAAAUGGCCCAGCCAAGGCCGCCGACGGAAAAAUACAAAUCAUGGUAAGCGCGACGGCUCGCGAGUUUGAGGGUUUUGCCCGUAUGGCCAACUGGAACUACGCCAAAUUCCGCGCCGUUCUUUCAUCCAGCUAUCCCUCGGAUGCUGCAGCUGAAAACGUUCUUCGAGCAUACGGCAUCCUCCCCACAUCUUCCCAUAAGGAGCUCUUUGACGGGUUCGUUCAGUUCAUUUCCGAUGCCACGAUGGCGUAUAAGGUCCACCGCGCCGCCGAAUUCUUCAAGACCUAUCGGAAGAAGCAGGCAGUCCUGCGUGGGCAGGACCCGAGACGCGUGGGUGUGCAGACGUACAACAUCGAGUUCGGCAACCCUUUCCCGGGCCCCUUGCAAGGCGUCGCGCACCACGGUGUUUGUAUGAUCUAUACUUUCGGUAAUUUCCACGACGCGUUAGAGAAGGUUGACCAAGGGACUCCAGAAGGCUAUGUCGAACCCGGCCAAGAGCCUUCAGAAACUACCCGUCCUGAAUCCCCACAGCGUGCAGAUGUGGCUGAUGAGAUAAUUACCGAGGUAACGGACCACGUCAAGUCCAACAUCGACUUGAGUUAUGACAUGCAGGACAUGUACAUCCAGUUUAUUGUCGAGGACAAUCAAGAGACCGAUAAGCGUACGGAUCCUGAUCAGAUUACGACAUAUUGUCAGGACCGAUCAGUAUGUAUAGAGAGUUGGGUUGGCAGUGAGAAGUGGAGGUUGAGAAGGGAGAGGUAUGAUGCCUUAGAAGAGGAUUUGGACUCAAUGCUUGUCGCUACGCGGAGACUUGUGGGAAGCGUCCUGGACAUGCCCUUAGAGUGA